AUGCUGAGCAGUAAUUCGCUGGCGGCAUCGCUAGGUGCGGACUAUGCUGCGCCACGCAUGCGAUCUACACCGCCUGGACCACCUCCGCCGCAGUUCCCGCGGGCCCCGGCAGCGCCGCCCAGCUAUGGCACCCGAGCAGCGAGCACGGGCUUGCCAAGAAGACCGCUUAAAGCACCGACCGGUGGGCGACAGAUGUCCGCUAAAACGACAGGUCGCAGGCGGCUGCUGCCCAAGAUCAACCGAAGUGAUCCCCUUGCGGAUCCUCCAGCUCUGACGGAGUUCGAUCUGCAGGCCGGCCUUUUGGAUCUCGCCGCUCGUGGCUUCAUCCCUCCGGCAGCGGACCUGACGCCUGCGAUGGAGCGAGGCAUGCCGUGCCUCAUGCAGCGGCCAGCUUUGGUCUACGACCAGGCGCUGAAGCAGGAACGGCAUGACCUCAGAGCCGAGGACCUGGCCAAGGUGAGGCUGGAUCUGCGAGAACAUGUCCUUCGGACUCUGGGGCCUCCAGAGGAUCCACCCAGCUCAGAGGCUUCACAGGCCCGUACUUCCCAGUUACCGCCUCUGCCCGCGCUUCCCGCCCCGCCUCAACCGGCGGCUGGAUCUGUGGCAGAGGCUUACGGAACUUUCUGCACCGAGCUGCUGGAUGCAGCGGGCGACGACUCUGCAGUUUUGGAGGCUGUCUCAGCAUUGCCUGCCGGUCCGACGAAGGCCGAAAUCCAGGAUGCAGCAGCAUCACUUAUAGCAGCAGCAUGGCGCAUGACAGCACAGCGAAGGAGGUAUCUGGAGCUGCGGACCACGCACAGGGCAGCUCGUUGCAUUCAAUCUGGCUGGCACACCUGCUUGGUGAGAAGCGCCACUCGGCAAGAGCUCAUGCGGCGUGAGGAGGAGGAGCGAAAGCUGCAGACAAUGAUGAUGUAUCAGAUUGGUCAGGACUGGUUUCAGGCGAAAGCAAUGCGCCGGGUGGAGGUUCACAUCUGCUCCUUGAGCAUCGCAGAGCAUCGACGCCGGCGCAUGGAUGGCUACCAGGUCAUGCAAGCUGCCCAGAUCGCUCGCAUCUUCCGCCUGGCAGACGCCAAACGGGAUAUCAUCUUUGUGGCUCCAAAGCACAUUCACGAGGAUGUGCUGGACUAUUACUCCAAGAUCAUGCAGUUUAGGGGCAUACAGAAUCCUCCUGGUCGAUUUCAGGUCGUGGUACCGGAAAACAUCGACCUUAAGGACAAGAUGUCUCUUACACAGGCCCUCCUGUGUUCGCCGAAGGCGCUGAAGCGUGUCCGAAGACUGGUCAGCAACCGCAUGGCGAUGCUGAUUCCGGAAGCGGUCACUCAUGUCGAGGCGAAGCUCAGUUGUGCUCUGAGGCUGCCUCUCAUAGGCCCCAGCUCGAGGAACAUGUCGCUCCUGGCAUCGAAGUCCAAUGCCAAGAAGCUGACUCAGCUGGCCCAGCUGCCAGUGGGGCCCUGGGCGGUGGAUAUCUACGACGAGGAUGAAUUCUUCACCUGCCUUGCUGGGCUCGUGAUCAAGCACCCAAAGGUGCGGACGUGGCUUUUCAAGAUCGACGACGAGAGGGGCUCCCGGGGCACAGCCUACAUCGACCUCUACAAGCUGCACCAGGUCCAGCAGAGCGUCAACGCUUCGGCACCGGCACUUCUAGGUCAAGACCCUGAUGGUUUGGGUGCCACGGCUGCCGAGGACGAGGAGCCUGCCAUUAUCGGUGCCGAUGCCACUGAGGUUCGUGCCGCGCUGCAGCAUCACGUGCCGAAGAGGGCUGUCCUUUGUCAUCGGCAGGUGUACGGUGACUUCGCCUCAUGGCUAGCAGAAGCUUGCCGCAUUGGCUGCGUCAUUCAGGCUGCGCCUGAGAACAUGAUCUCCCAGACCAGCGUGCAUUUCCAAGUUGCUCCAGAUGGCGCUAUUGACAUCCUCGGUACAUCGGAGGCUGUUAUGAGCACCCCCUUCGUGCGAGCUGCCUCCUGGUACCCGCACUCACGAGGAAGCUUUGAGGUUCUUCAGGAAGUGGGUUAUCGACUCGGCCGCUGCCUGGCAGCCAAGGGCUUCAUGGGCUUUGCAUCGGCUGAUGUGGUGUUCUUUGACAACCCAGAGUUUGAUGCCAACGAUUUCGUGUCGGAGCCUCGCGAGUCGACGCCUGCAAUCAUCGGCAGCGACACGCCGGUGAACCCGGAGGACCUCAUGUUUGGCAACCUCCGGUCACCGUCGCCUGACAUUAGCGUGGACAACGGCGACCUUCGACCGUCGGCAGACAGCUUGCCUGAAAGUAGGCAGGCAGAUUACAAUGCUGCGCUUCAGGUUCACGAGGAACAGUUGAAGCGGGAGAACCAGUCCUUCGAUCCUGUGAGCCUCAUGCUGGGCGGGCCCGAGCAGGGUGCUGGCUCGACGUUGAGCCCUUUCGCUUGCUGGGUGGUCGAUGUGGACGCGCGCCUGACGGACGAGGCUGCUAUGCUCUUCCCGCUGAAGUUCAUCGCCCAGGUGAAGCAGGAUCCCAUGCACGGGCUCAUGCUGUCGGAGGCGCAGGAUUCGGAUUUCAAGGCUCAUCAGGAGCUUACGGAGGAGGAAAGACUCCUGCGCUCUCAGCGCUGGGCAAUGGUGAACUGCGUUGCGCUGGCCCCACAGCUGGAAAAGAUGAGUCACCAGGUGCUGUUUCAGGCUGGUCUGCGCAUGUGGCAGUGUUUCACUUUGGGCCCGGCUUGCCAGAAAGCUGAUGCAUUGUACUCCCAUGCACUAGAACCCCAAGGCUGUCGACCUGGAGAGUUCAAGAAAGUGCACUGA